UCAGAAACCUGCUGCCAAGAAUGGCUCUGUAACUGCCUCUGCAAAGAAAGGCAAGCCAGCUGCAGCUGCAAGCUCUUCUGAUUUAUCUGAGGAAUCCUCUAACGAGGAUGAUGUUCCAAAAACUAAGGCGGUCCCUGCUGCAGCAAAGAAUAUAACUUCUUCUAACAAGAAAACUCAGCCAAGUGGAAGUUCUGAUUCUGAUUCUGAUAGCAGCUCUGAUGAGGACGAUAAAAAGAAAAUAUCUGCAACUACAAAGCUGCCUGCUUCAUCAGACGAUGAUUCAAGUGAAGACUCUGAUGAAGACGAUGAUGUCAAGCCCUCUGCAACUGCUGUGUCAAAGCCUGCUGUGUCAAAGAAGAAAGUUGAUAGUUUUGAUUCUGAUGAUAGCACCUCUAAUGAAGACAAUAAGAAGGCUGCCAAAAAGGUUUCCAAUGCCAAGUCAGUGCCUGUGUCUAAGCAGCCUGUUAAGACCUCAAGUACUAGUGAUUCAGAUGAAGAGGUUAUUCUAUUCAAUGCUUUGUUCAGGUCCUAAACUUGAUUCACACCAAUUCAAGGAUAUUCUUGGUGAGACUACAGCUGCUGGUAAGAAUAUCCCUAUCUAUUUCUUGUUCAAGUUGUUCCUGCAAAUGUCAACCAUAUUCUUGAUCUUAGAAAUGCAUGUGUGUCUGAAUAGCAUGGAAAGGAGUAUGAUUGAUGUUGUUAGUGGUGGAGCGCUUGGUGACAUGACGCCUAUUGAGGCUAGGCAUUUGAUUGAGAAGAUGGCUUAUAAUUCUCAACACUUCAUCACAAGUAAUGAUGUUAUUGUCGUUAGGGGAAUUCGUGAUGUGGCUACUCAUUCUUCCUAA